AUGGAGAAAAUGACACUAGCCGCUCCACGAUUCGCAAUACCGAAAAAGAAAAAGAAAGUCGAGGAAUUGUCGCAAGAGCAAGACUUGGUGGAGCCAGAUUCGCGACCCGAGUGGCAAAAUGUUCAACCAAACACUUCGCAGUUCACGAAAUUGGAAGAAAUCAUACGUAAAAACCGAUUUGACUCAAACAUGCGACUCACCAUCCACAAAGCUGAACAAUUGAACAAUCCGUGGCUCACCUAUAGACUUGCACAUAUUGCCGAAAACGGACUAGCUGUUGGAACAUCUAUAAAUGACGAUCUGGGCGAUAGCGAAAGCGGUGUAUACCUCUCGGCUAACAUUGAUUUUGCGAGCCCACAAUGUUUCUUGGUCGGCCCUAGGGGUCCAUGCAUGAUUCGAGUUCUGAUAUGUAAAAUACUGAAGGGAAGAGUAAAUCAGGUGGGGCUUGGCUCGAAAAAUUUGGAUCCAACUUCUGACUCUCGUAGACGAAGUCGCGUAGAUGUAUAUCGUCAGCAAUUGAUAUACAUGUAUGAAAUUAACGAGGAUCUUGAGUCCGUGCUCGUUCCUUCAGGAGUUCUUCCACGCCUACCAAAGUUUGAACUCUCGAGCUGCAUCUACACUGGGAGGGUUCUCAUAGUGAAUACACCGCAUACAGUCAACUUUCUGACAAACAGUGACGAGACCUGGAAGCCACUUGGAAUAGAACCAACUCUCCAUGUGAAAAAUUUUGUCAAAUGGAAAAUGGCCCUUGAACAGUCGCCACUCUCGGAUUUGAUGCAAAAUGAAUUUUUGGCGCUGCUUCACAGGAAAGAGAUUCAGCUAUCCAAUGGCUGGUUUGUGGCUUGUUUUAUAUUGGCUUCAUCAGCACCUUCUGUUCCAUUUACUAAGCUUAUUGAAACCUUGAGCACCAAUCAACUUGUGGGUUUAUGGGCCUCGGCAGAUAACGUCCAAAGUUUACUGAUUCCGUCUGGAGAGCUUGUCAAUCGUUUGGGCUUGCCAUCACACAUCGAAUCAGCUUUACAUUUGAUUGUGACUCAACCACGCUCAUUCUAUAGCUUUCAUCAGGACACGCUCAAACAAAUAAUGCUGGCAAGUCGUUACCCAUCAACCAACGAGAUUGUUCAAGGAUUUCACCAACAACUGGAUGAUUACAUCACCGAAGAAUUUGACCGACACAUAAACAGUCAAGCUGGGAUUAAUGCCUGUCAUCGAUUUGAAAGCAUGUCACAUAUCAAUAAAGCCAAGCCAGAGAACAGUCGCUCGUCACCGACCUCUAUUCUGCGUAAGAAAGAUGUGCCAAUCAGUGUAGCAAGUGAGCCUAUUGAAGGUGUGUCAGAGCGCGACACUCAAGAGCGACUGAAUGAACGAGAAAGGGAAACGAAUCGACGUCCGACAAUGAUUGAAACGAACCAAGUUAUAGUAGGGAAUCCCAGAAGGAAAGGAAACGAUAGCAAUGAGCAAACAGAGGCUUCUCGAGACUUUAGACAACUAUUUUCACAAGCCCUAGGCAGAACUCCAUCAAAUGUCGCUGUUACCGAAGCUACUCCUGAUGAGCAGUCACUUGAGUUGUCGAUCUCUACUAAUUCUCUACCUAUUGAAGCCAAGAAAACAAAAACACGAAUUUCGGACAUGCCUAUGCCCCCAGCUCACAAAAAAGACGAAUAUGACCCUGGAUCCAUCGAUUUCAUAAACGAAGAAGCAGUAGAAUUGGCCGAUGAAGAUAUUGAGAAUGCACCUUCACCGGAAUCUAUUACGAAUUUGGACACAUAUGAUGCGCCCUCCAGUUUGCAGGAAAAUGACAAUGUUGAGUGGCAUGUGGAUUCUUCCAUUGGGUCUCCAGAAACGCCUACAAAUGACGAGGAUUUACGAACAAACCUUGAUAAGGAAGAUAUUCCGGAAAAUCACGUCAACUCGCUCGUGUUUCGAACUAUUUACAAGGAGAAUGAACCAAAUGAAGAACGCACGGAAGUAAAACAAACGGCCAAGAAGCUCGAAGAUUUUCUUUCUGGAUUUAGUUCUCGCUUUAUAGAUACAUCAAUGAAUCGUGCGCCUGCAAGUGAAAAUGCCAACAGUCCACCACCCUCAGCCAGUCCAUCAUUUAAUGAACAAAUACAAAAAGCUAUUCCACUUGAAGGAGAGGUUAAGUUUGAUGAUCCUUCUGUACCUAUGGACACCGAUUUUCGGGAUAACUUUGUUUCAAACAAAGAUGUGGAUCUUCGAUUGAACCUUCCAGAUGAGUCACAAAAAUCGAAUGGUGUGCCGACGAAUAAAAAAAUUAAUGUGGCCUCCUUUAACGAAAAAUCAAGAACUGGUUUACCAACAAGGAAUUCUACGAAAUAUAGAAUCAUACCUAAUCAACGAGAAACGGCUCCGCAACCAUGGAAUAAUUCAACUUCUUUCACUGAAAAUCAGCAAAGAUCUGAAUACGAGACGAAAGAUCCAAUAAUGGAUGAAGGCCCAGCUUCCCCAGACUUAGAAGAAGGAGAACUCUUUGAAGCCAAGGAAACUGUCAAAGCAAUUCCUUCAAGUAGUGUUGCCGAUUUGCGGGAGAUCCCAUCAGAGCAAAAGUUCCCUAAUACGUCCCAUUUUUUCCCUUCGUCUAUGAAGCAGCCAAUGCUUCCCUCAAUGCCGGGGGUGAAUCCAGCUUUUUCUGUCAACAGUACAAAUCAACAUUUUCGUCCGUCUUUGCCUCCUCAAGGAUCACCUUUUGGUCCGUUUUCGCAACAAUCACGUCAACCCCCACAAGGGACAAUGAGAGGAGGACCCAAAGUGACAAUCAUUAUUCCCGAUGGCAUGUUGUUUAUAGCAGGAACUGCUUUGACCCCGGAUUUGCUGAAAAGAAUCUUAAUGAGACUGAUGGCUCUUAACCAAGGACCUGACAAAUAUGUGAUGCAUUUACAUCAUCAUUGUAACAAAGCACUACAAGAUAGAAUUCUAACAACUCCUGAGAAUACUCCAGCUGGGCAAAUCCUCAGAGGCUUGGUCACUAUAAUAGAACGUUUUGCGCAGUACAAUGUUGUGAAGAUUCUUGCCAAGCAUAACUGCGAUUUGGACAAUAGAUCUAGUGACGUGAUUGUUGGAUGUUUACAUCAAAUUCGACGAGCUCAAAUUACUCCAACGACAAUUAUUUUUAUGAGCAAUGCUUCGGUCGGAGCUGUAUUUGGACGACGAAUCAUUCAAGAUGGUUUUGCUUUGGAAUCUCCAACAGAUUUGGCGUCAAGAUUGAGUGCU